CGCAGACCCCGGAAGUGCAACUCGAACUUGGUGGGGGCGCGGAUCCCGAGAGAGAAAGUCUUAGCGACCGCGCGAGGGAGUUCGCCCAGCGCGCUGGAAGGCCACGCCUCCUCCCGCCUACCCCCUCAGCCGUGCAGCUGGGGGCCGAGCUCAGACUGUUUUCUGAAGAGUGAUGUCUAUUUCCUUGAGCUCUUUAAUUUUCUUACCAAUUUGGAUAAACAUGGCACAGAUCCUGCAGGGAGGUCCAGAUGAAAAAGAAAAGACGACAGCAUUGAAAGAUUUGCUGUCUAGGAUCGAUUUGGAUGAACUCAUGAAAAAGGACGAACCACCUCUUGAUUUUCCUGAUACACUGGAAGGAUUUGAAUAUGCUUUUAAUGAACGGGGGCAGUUAAGACACAUAAAAACUGGGGAACCAUUUGUUUUUAACUACCGAGAAGACUUACACAGGUGGAACCAGAAAAGAUAUGAAGCCCUGGGCGAGAUCAUCACAAAAUAUGUCUAUGAGCUACUGGAAAAGGACUGCAAUUUGCAAAAAAUCUUUAUUCCAGUAGAUGCCACUGAAAGUGAACCAAAGAGUUUUAUCUUUAUGAGUGAGGAUGCUUUGACAAAUCCACAGAAACUGAUGGUUUUAAUUCAUGGUAGUGGUGUUGUCAGGGCAGGUCAGUGGGCUAGAAGGCUUAUUAUUAAUGAAGAUCUGGACAGUGGCACACAGAUACCUUUUAUUAAGAGAGCUGUGGAUGAAGGGUAUGGAGUCAUAGUCCUGAAUCCAAAUGAAAACUAUAUUGAAGUGGAAAAGCCAAAAAUGCAUAAACAGUGGUCUUCUGAUGGCAUGGAUGAGCCAGCAGAGAAGCGGGAAAGGAGAGAUAAAGUCUCAAAAGAAACAAAGAAGCGCCGUGAUUUCUAUGAGAAGUACCGUAACCCCCAAAAGGAGAAAGAAAUGAUGCAGUUGUUCAUCAGGGAAAAUGGUUCUCCUGAAGAACAUGCAAUCUAUGUUUGGGACCAUUUCAUAGCUCAAUCUGCUGCUGAGAAUGUGUUUUUUGUUGCUCACAGCUAUGGAGGACUUGCUUUUGUUGAACUAAUGAUUCAACGAGAAGCAGAUGUCAAAAGUAAGGUGACUGCUGUGGCAUUGACAGACUCUGUUCACAAUGUGUGGCAUCAAGAAGCUGGCAAGACCAUCCGAGAAUGGAUGAGAGAGAACUGUUGCAACUGGGUCUCCAGCUCAGAACCAUUGGACACAUCGGUGGAGUCCAUGCUUCCUGACUGUCCCCGAGUCUCUGCAGGCACCGACCGCCACGAGCUAACUUCCUGGAAGAGCUUCCCGUCCAUCUUCAAGUUCUUCGCGGAAGCGUCGGAGGCCAAGAGCAGCUCGCAGAAGCCCGCCCUGACGCGGCGCUCGCACCGGAUCAAGCACGAGGAGCUGUGAGCUCGCCGCCGCCCGAGCGCCCGCAGCCUCCCCGCCCGCAUUAGAUUGCUUUCUUCCUCCAGCACAGGGUCGCGAUACGUUCGUCUAAAUAGCGUUUUGCAUUAUUUCUAGAUGCGUGCAACUGUCAAAGCAAUAUGGACUCGCAGCCGCGUCUCCUGCGGGCUGAGCCCGGGCUUCGCGCUGGGGUCGGCAGGCCCGCGAGCCCCGGCUUCCAAGCGCCUUGCCAAGCCGCGGGCGCUGCAGCCCCAGCGGCGUCUGCGCGGUCCUACCGCCCGCUGCAGUGUGGCCGUUAUUGCCCAGCCUCAACCGAGCCCAUUUUUACUCACCCUUAAACCUAGCAAGCUUUUAUUCUAGACUUCAAACUUUAACCAGGUUUUUCCCUCGGGUCAUCUUAUAAGCCCCCCUCUUUUAUAGAAAGCCACACACCCAGGUCCUAGAAAUGCCAAGUUUAAAUUGAGAACAUGAAUGCCAUGAUGAAUUUUGGGGAGUACAAAUUGUUCUCUCCCUGUAAUGACCGAUUUCCAUUUCAAGACUGAAAGAAAAACUUUGCAUAAAAAUUCAUAAAGUACUGAAUCCGAAUCCUUUUCUCUGGACAUCCCUGCUUAGUUGAACGAGAGUCUUUAUGUCUCUGACUUCAGGAGAGUAUGUUCGAAUGAAAACAUAAGCAGAUAUUUUAGAUGUAGGUAUAAAGCCCCAUUUUCAGUGAAAUUUCUAACUUAUAAAAACUGACCCUACUGUUAAAUAUGUAACAUGAUGAGAGGCAUUUAGAUGACACACUUAAGGCUUGCUCUCUGUACUACCAUGUGGAGUAUUGGUGGUAGUUACUAAUCCAUACUAAGUGUGCUUGGACCUUUCUUGUAGUAAACCCUUGCGUUUACACCAUUUAUUUUUUACUAUCAUCAAGAAAAUGAAACUGCAUACCCUUGUCCUUCUGAAAGGCUCAGUAAAGUUAAAAAUGUUUCCGUUUUCAUCUACAAUAGGAAAAGAGAAUGAUUUUCUCUUUCAGGUCCAAAACUUUUAGUGUUCCACUUCUUCUGAUAGGGUUUUGCCAUAUAAUUCCAACAGUUUAGGUCCUUUAACCCAACUGGGAUCUGGCCAGCACUGUGAAAUACAGAAGAUAAAAUAGGUUGACAUUUUACUGGCUUUUAAAUGAAAACAUUAAACAUUAAUUACUUGAAGAAUUUAAUUAGUGAAGAUUAAUCUCAUCCAGUGGGUGAGAUUGUGAAUUUAAUACUUCCAAUCCUUUCUUAAGUAAAUUCAACAAGUAAUGUGCCUGCCUUAUUUGAAAACAUGGAAAAGUAUAUCUAAAAUGAUACCGAGGCACUGUCUGGUGCCUCAGAAGAAUAACCUGGACUCAACAAGCUCAUGGAGAAUUUUUUUAAUAUUAUGAACUGAUUUCAGCAAGUUUUAAAACUGGUAAUAUCUCAUGUUCCUUGGCAUCUACAUGCAUUCAUUAGUUCUGUGUUUUCAGUGCCGGUGAAGUAAAGUGGUAGUGGUCAUGUCUGGGCAUCUUUCUGGUAUUACUUAAGCAGAAACAACUUAGAGGAAAAUCAAAAUGGCAUUUUACCCCCAGCUCCUGGGCUGUUUAAAAUGUGUUGCUCCAACAAUGUCAAGCACAUUGCUCUGUCAUAGUGGCCCUUUACAUUUCUAAUUUUGGAAGGAUUGGUGAGCUCUGUAAAAAUAAUGAUAGCUUCCCAAUGGCUGGGUUUGGAAAAUUGGUGUGGAUUGGAUAUAUCUUACCAGAUGUUAUGAAUUGUCUGGUGUUUUAGUAUAUGAAAAUAUUCACAAGAAACUAAUUUUGUGACAUUAAGACAAAAGCCAACACUUACGCAGGGAUAAAUUGCAAAUGUUCUGCAGCUGGAUUAAAGCAAAGCGAAUAUGCUCAGCCUAUGAACCAAAGGACUCCUGGCCCUUCCCUCCAGACCGCUCACUUGUACAGAGAGUGUCACUGAUUCCUUAUGAUGAGCAUUUUAUAAUCACUGAAUUGUAACCUUGUUAUCUGUCUGGUAGAGAGCUAUUUACAGAGUUAUAUUUUGUAAAUGUCUGUUACUACUUGUGGAUCAGCAUUGUAGCAACCCACGGGGAGCCAGGCAAAGCACCCCAGAGAUAAGUGACUCCUUAUAAUGUAGGAUUUCUUAACCUGUUGAUUGGGAUGCUGUCGGUAUGUGUGUAAUUAUACUAUUCACCUCGGUUUUCUGGGGCUAACAACAAGCAGUUGACGGUACCCCACCUGCAGAGGGGUGGCCAGUGUUAAUAUUUCUUCUCUGGUCUUCUCCCUAUUAUCUCCUUAAAAUGAUUUUAGGCACGGGUGGUAUAAAGGUAGGCUGUGGGCUCUUUUUUCCCCCUUUAACCAUAUACUUAGUUCUUAGAGUAAAUAGAUUGAGAAAGACAUAAAUUGGAGAUUCAGAAUAGUACUGCUGAAGCUUCAGUGCCGGGCAGCUGCUUUGGAGCUUUCUAAAGGGACCUAACAUGCAGUCCUUGAAAGUCACACUGGAUAUUUGAAAGACUUGUAAUAAUGUUCUUUUCUCAGAUUUCUACCUUGUGCUUCCUAGAAUGCAUUUUUGUUUAUAUGUCAAAAAUAAAUAAAUAAAGCACAGGAGUUUCCUAUAAUCUCUUUUCUGUUUAACAUUUUAAAAUAAAAAAGGUUUUUCCCACAAGCAACUGUGUCUUAUUCCUCCUCAGAAGUUCUUUUUCACCGUCUGCACAGAGACUUUCAAGCUGAGACCUAAAGGGAGUGAUUGGACCACGCCCAUCAAUGUUAUAGUUCAUAGUUACUAUUCUGACUAUUGCUAGCUCUGCGGACAGUAUCCUAACUUCUCUGAGUCUACUUGGCUCACAUAUAAAGAUAACAGUUUUAGCCAAAUGUUUUUAAUAGAUAAGGAAAUUAGAACAACUUGUCUUCAGAAUGAUUUAUAAAACAGCCCUUGAUAUACAGUAAAUGUUUUUCAAAGGGAGCCUGGUAAGAUUCAGUUGCUCCCAAACUGCUGAUGGUCAGACCUUGAUAAAGUGGGCUCGGUCUGUAACUGAGUUAUGCACAUUUCUGUUACAGCUAUUUCUUCUGAAACCGUUCACUCCUGUAGGGGUUUGGGUGACAGAGUGUGUUAACUAAAUUAGCACUGCUACUUUACAACUGGAUUUUUUCAUGUUUCUUUGUACUGCAGAGUUCCAGUCCAAACAUGUGUGGUGUAAUCAUUGUUUAGACUGGUAACUGAUAGGCUCCUGGGGAAAGCAGUACUCCAAAUUCACUUAAGAAAAAUUGCUAUUCAGUAACUUUCACAGUAUAAAAUUUCACAGUCUAAAUUUUUUGGAAACUUUUCUCAUGUCUUGUGGGGAAAGAUUAAAAAAUAAACAUGAGGCAUUCAUAUACUUGAAAUAUGGGUGGCAAAGGGGGUAUAAUUGUGAUACUUAUAUACCCUCUGGCAUAAUAUAAAAUAAAAGACUCUAACUUACCCCUUUCAAAAAAUGUUAUUCUUUCCUUCCUUCCCUGUAUAGAAUGUCUGAGUAGUAGUCUCUUGAAUUGUUCAUCUCUUUAUCUAAUAUUCUAUUAAUCUCAAAAAAUGAUCAGUUUGAAUCUGGGAAAGGGCUUUUAAUGAACACUUCACAGAGCUUAAAGCUACCCCACCUAAAGCAUUAGCUUUGUGAGGUGGUUUUAGAUCUAAACCAUUGUAGCUGCUGUGCACUGUACUCGAAGAAUGUACACCUACUGGAAGGUGCUGGAAGGGGUAACACAAAAUGCAUUAGGAGAGGUCCACAAAGAGAAACAGUUAUCGAAGCAUCCCAGCAUUUAUCUUGAAAUCUGCAUUUUUAAAUGGCAAUGAUAAUUUUUAAAGCUCACCCUUAGAAGGGAUGUAUGUUGAUUUCGUUGACUCCUUUGGAUCAAUGUUUUUAAAGUUUCACACCCCUGCUUUCAUGAAGUGAUGUCUUUAGCUGUCAGUGGUUUGACUUCUCAGAUUUCAUCAGUGGGACCCUCCAUGACAUCUAAAACUAUGCAACAGCCUGUGUGAUGGUAACUUUGGGACUGGGAGAUCUCAAGGCUAAUGUGACUGGUAGAAUGAAGAAUUCUUGUUAAUUCUCGCUGUAAGGGUUUUAUAGGAAUAAUAAUGGAAAAUGGAGCACAAAAGCUUAAGAUAUGCUAUUUAGAGAAAGCUGUCCUGAAGGUUUGAUUGAUAACUGGACAUCAUAGAGUGGCCAGUAUUCCCCUGUGGAUGUAAAACUUAGAAAAUGAAAAUUGACUUAAUCCAUGAUAUCUUUCCAGGCAACUUUUCCUGGACCCUUGCCUUGAAGUUUGUGGAAAACUUUUCACUAUAUUCUUUGUAUUGUUGGAUUUGAACUUUUUAAAAUAGCUAUGAAACAUGUUUCUAGGAAGAAAUGUAUGAAGGUCAUGCACCUGUCUGUCCAGAUCAUUCAGCUUUUUCUUACAUAGCUGUUACAUUGGGUGACAUGCAAAAUUGUCAUAGGCAAAAUGAUAUUGAACUUACUCUGUGACCAAAACAAAGAAUCUGAAGUGAAAAACACCCAACACCCCAAGAACGAUAUGUCUCCCUUAAAGUUUACAAUUUGAAUAAUGAACUCAGAUGGAAAGUUGGCAGGAAAGCAAACUACAGCAGCGCCACAUCACAAACCAUUUUCUCUUUUCUGUCCAAUUUCAGAGUGCAUGUGUUUGUGAGUAUUUCACUAGAUCAGUGACAGCUCUUUAUUUGCAUAAUUAUAUGCUCUGGUCUGAAGAGAAAACUAACCCCCAAAUUUCAUGGGUCAUCAGACUGCAACAAUCAAUGUUUUAUCACGUAUGCGAAGCAAAAUCUAAGAAGCUAUAUGAAGUUUCUUGGGGAGUUUUUACUCCUCAGAAAAUUAAAGAAUUUUCCUCCUCUGAAUAGAUUCAAAAUCUUUCCAAGUUCUUUGUAACAGAAUUCUGUUUGAAGGCAAAACCAGAGAUUAACGUGUAGAUGUGAUUGUAGACUCGCAAACAUUGCUUCAAAGUGGGUUAAGAAGAACAGCAUUUUUUGCUGCACUAAAAUUAAAAUUCUUCAUACUAUGAAGAAAAAGUAUUGGUCAAAUUAUAAUUUGCCAAAAUGAAGUCCAGAUUAAUUACCAUUGAAUAUGAAGUUCAUUUUCUUAAAAUACCUCAGGGUUUUUUUAAGACCAAAUAGAAAAAAGUUAUGUGCAUAUAUGCAUAUAUAUGUCUCACAUAUACAUAGCUUUGUACGGAGUACUUAUGUCCAUUCCUGUUCAUUUCAACUGAAAUCUACAGACAACAUCUACAAUAUGUGUAUGUCUAUUCAGUGCCUGUAACAUAGUAGGUGCUCUGUAUGUGCUGGACUCCAUGAAAGUUUGUAAUUUUUUUCUAUGAAAUAGACUUUUCAUUCUCAAAAUCUUCAAGGCAUUGCCAUAAAUAUUCUUAAGUGCUUCAAACUUGUUUUGCAUCUGUAAAUCUCCACUGGUGUGCAAUGUGUACUUGUGUAUAAGGUUGGCUUUAUUUCAUUAAAGAAAAUUGAUUUAAA